CUUUCUUUGUGUUUUUUGCAAAAUUUUUGUAAAAGCUUUACUGUGUGCUUCCUACACAUGAACUGCUGCAACAUUUGGGGGUUUCUACAUCAAGUUUUCGAAACUGAAAUCAAGUAAUGUAUACGAAUCUCCGAUUUUGAUUUAGUCGAAGUGUAUUCUCCUUUCUCCCUUUCUGUGGUUGAUUUUGAGUCCUCUGAAGGAAGUUAGGGUUGGAAGUGAGAAUGAUUUUGAAUGUGUGUUAGAGGGGUUUUUUUUUUUUUUUUUAAAAAAAAGGGGUCCGGACUUCAUUCCUCCCCCCUACUUCGUGCAGAGAUUGAGAAAAUAUCUUCAGAAGAAACAGUAAGUGUAGUAGGGAGUGAGGUGAUGCCCCUGGAUUAUGGUAGCAUGGACUCAGAGAAUAGUCCGUCUCCAUCUAGUUUAGAGAAAAUGGUGGAGGGGGUGAGAAGAGAUGAAGUGGUGGGGGUUGGGGGGGAUAGUGUACCCAUCACUGUGUUAGAAGUAGAAGGUAGGAAAGAGAGGGGUUAUGAUAUAGAUGCGGACAUAGUGGAAGAGGUGAGGCAGUAUAAGUUUGAGCUCGAGACCAGGGAUAGCCUAGGAUAUUUGUUGGAGAGUUAUGAGAUCUCCUCUCGAGUGUUAAUUAGGCCAGCUGGGGUAGAGGAGAGGGCAUGUUCUGCUCCUCGGGAUCAUUGGAUGCCCGUGUAUGCCCACUAUUUGGCAGCCGGGCUUAGGUUUCCAAUUCUUGAGUUGUUAGUAGGUUUGUUGUUAGAUUAUAGUAUAGGGUUGACACAGUUAGUCCCCAACGCUAUGAGGAGGGGUGGUAGGAAGGAUAAGGGGUGGUAUUAUUUCACCCCUAGGGUAGGAAAUAUGGAGAGUAGGGUUUUAUUUACUGCAGGUCCUUCAUCCAUUAAAGGAUGGAAGGAAAAAUUCUUUUUUGUAGAUGAUACGGAGUGGGAGAGGGGGGAUACUGAGCUGAAAUGGAAAAAUUUUUUUAACAUUGCUGGAGGGGUGGCCAUUCCCAAGAAGCCAAGGAAGAAGUCAAAGACUUCAACCAAACAAGUGGAUGAGGGAGGAGUUGGAAAGGAGGUAGUGCCUAGCACUGCAGCUGGAGUGGAGGAGGAGGAGCCAGAGCUGCAGUUGAAGAGAAAAAGUAGGGAGGAGAGAGGGGCACCACAGAAGAAGAAGAAAGUGGGGGCUGAAGUACGAGCCCCUGGCAAAGAAAAGGGCCUUGUUCCCCCUUUGUCCUUUCAGAGCAACCUAUUCAAGGUGAAGAACAUGACGGGGGCUAGGAGGUUUAUCAACGCUACCUUCCCCGAAGUGGACAAGCGUCACACAUGGGACGAGGUUCUAAGGUACUAUGGGGCUUCAGUAGUGAAGCAUGUUUUGGAGCGCGAGCUUGGUGAAUGGUCUAGCCUAGGAAUUCAUGGAGAGUGUGAAGGAGCGCUCCCUCUUGCAAAGGCAGCAAAGGAAAUAACGCUGAUGAAGGAUGCUUUCGUGGAGUUGAAGGAGAAUGUGCAGAUGUUGGUGCACAAUGGGAUGAAGGAGCAUAUCAGCAACUUCAUCAGCUCCAGCUCGUUUGACAACAUCAUCAACUUGUACCGACUGCCAACUGCCAUCAUUGCUUUCACGGACUACAGAAAGAAGGUGAAGGCUAAAUAUCCCAAAGUGGAUAUUACAAAGAUCACCUUCGGCAAGCAAGAAGAAGGAGUGGAGGAGAGCGGUGAUAGCAUGUUAUCAGACUUCCGUCCUCAGAUCAAGCUGAGGUGGGAUCAUGAUGCAGACGAACGUGCUGUUUUCCUUCCAAAGUUCAACUUCGAGUUCGUUGCUGUGGAGGAAGAAGGGGAAGAAGUAGAGGAAGACAAAGUGGAGGUAGGAGUGGAAGGAACUGAAGUGGAUGAGAGCCAACCAGUUCCAGAAGUGGAGAUUCAUCCAGUUCCUUCUGACGAUGAGCAGCCUUUUGUGCCAAACGAGCAGUAACCAACACAGCCACCUCUUCCAGUUGAGCAGGAGCCAGUUUAGUCACCUCUUCCAGUGGAGGAAUAAUUUCUGUUUUUUAAUUUUUCUUUGAUAUUUUUAUUGUAAAAACAGUAAAACAGUUUGUAAUACUUUUAUUACUUUGAAUGAAAUUUUUUUUUUGAA